AAUCCAUAGGCUGCACGCAGGGUGGAUAGAGACGGUGUUGGUGAGGGGUGGAAAACCCGGAAUACAAUAUCAGCAACAGCGGGUUAACGUCAGGAUUCAGGAUGAUGACGAUCCAUGCUCGGGAGACGAUCUAGUGCGCUCUGCAUGGCUUGGUAUUGUGUAGUCAGUGCCAGCCGUGCUACCGGCUGAGAGGAAGUGACUGGUUCCAGGGUCAGGAUGGCAGAGUCCCUGCACCCCUGCCAGAAGCUCAGCUAUGCCACCGGCCACUACCUGAAUGACCUGUGCGCUUCCAUGUGGUUCACCUAUUUCUUGCUGUACUUUCACUCCGUACUCGGGUUCAACUCCUUCUACGCCGGCGUCCUGCUGAUGGUGGGGCAGGUGGCGGACGGGCUCUGCACCCCACUUGUCGGCUACGAGUCGGACCGGCAAGCUGGCGCCCUGCGCUAUGGGCGCAGGAAGACCUGGCACAUGAUCGGCACAGUGAGUGUCAUUAUCUCAUUCCCCUUUAUCUUCAACCCAUGCUUGGGCUGCACAGAAAACACCCCCGAAUGGGUGGGCUUGAUAUACUUUAUACCUUUCAUCAUCGUUUUCCAGUUUGGUUGGGCAGCUACACAAAUCUCUCAUCUCGCACUCAUCCCAGACCUGGCAAAGAACGAACAUGAUAAAGUGGAGCUCACAGCAUUGCGAUAUGCAUUCACAGUGUUGGCAAACAUCUUUGUUUAUGCUGCAGCCUGGUUGUUGCUGCAUUUCCAGUUGGAUGAAACGGGAUCUGAACACACACAUUUGGGACGUCAGGACAUUCCUAUAUUUAGGACGUUGGCCCUUAUUGUGGUGGGCACAGGAGCUUUGUUCUCACUAUUAUUCCACCUUGGAACUAAAGAAAAGCAAAGUUUUCAGCUUCUUGUGGAAACUGAAGAGCAACAGCGAGAUUCCCUAGAUGAACAAACUAUGCAUUCCAACCCCCCAAAACAAUUGCUGUUGUGGAAGGACUGGCUUGUGGAACCUUCUUUCUACCAGGUGGCUGUAUUAUAUAUGUGCACACGGCUAAUAGUAAACUUGUCACAGACAUACAUAGCUGUGUACCUGACCAAUUCAUUGCACCUUCCAAAGAAUUAUAUUGCCACAAUUCCGCUGGUUAUGUAUGUGAGUGGAUUUGUUUCUUCAUUCCUCAUGAAACCAAUCAACAAAUGUAUGGGUCGCAAUAUAACCUAUUUCAUAGGUCUCUUAGCCAUUGCAGUUUUCUCUGCUUGGGUCGCACUUGAUCCAAAUCUUGGCGUGUCUGUCUAUGGAGCUGCUGUAAUUUUGGGUUCUGGGUCUGCUACAAUCUUGGUUACUUCCCUAUCCAUGACUGCUGAUCUCAUUGGACCUCACUCGCACAGCGCAGCCUUUGUGUAUGGAGCAAUGAGCUUUACUGACAAAGUGGCCAAUGGACUGGCAGUAGUGCUCAUUCAGUCUUUGCACCCUUGUCACACUCAGCUCUGUUGUCCAGCCUGUAUUCCAUUCUACCACUGGGUAAUGGUGACUAUAACUGGAGCUGUGGCUUUAGUAGGGGCUUUGUCUCUGAGCUCCAUUAUGGUGUGGCCUAUUAAAGUCCGGAUAUGCAAAGUCUCAACCUCAUCAAUACAGGACACUUCCUGGACCCCUACGUCAGAAGAAUCCAGUACAGUGAGCACCUGAGUUUCAUGAACACUUCAUCUACUUAUAUUAUUGCACUAUCUGAAAUGAUUUUCCAAAAAGAAUCAAUUUACCACUAAUUCUUAGUGUUUUUCCUUUGCCUGGCAAAUUGAAAUGAAUAUUAUUGUAAUGUAGCAAUGAGCUGCUGGACAGUAAACUUCUGUUAUGGACUUUUAACUGCAACCUGUGUCCUUCACAGAAAAGCACAUGUCAGGCGAAAGAAGAAGCAAUAAAAAAUGAAAUCAUUUUACAAUUA